GAGUUAAGACUGGAAGGAAAACUCUGUGAUGUGGUAGUUAUAGUCAAUGGUACUGAGUUCAAUGCUCAUAAAAACAUUCUUUGUGGUUGCAGCUCAUACUUCAGGGCUUUGUUUACAAGUGGCUGGAACAACUCUGAGAAGAAAGUCUACACAAUUCCCGGUGUCACGCCUGACAUGAUGCGCCUCAUCGUUGAGUAUGCAUACACUCGCUCUGUGCCUGUCACUGCAGAGAAUGUCGAGCAGCUUCUGGCGACAGCAGACCAGUUUUCCGUCCUGGGAAUAGUGCGGGCAUGCUGUGAGUUUCUGGAGGCCCAGCUGUGCCUGGAGAACUGCAUCGGCAUCUGCAAGUUUGCAGAGUUUUACUCGUGCCCCGAGUUGAAGCACCGGGCCUAUCUCUUCAUCCUGCAUCACUUCGAGGAGAUGGUCCGCUCUUCAGAGGAGUUCCUCGAGCUCUCGCUGCCCCAGCUAUGUGACAUCAUUGAGAAAGAUGACCUGAAUGUAAAGCAGGAGGAUGUGGUGUUUGAGGCUAUCCUGCACUGGAUUGGCCACGCAUCCCAGCAACGCAAAGGAUUCAUACCCGUGCUGUUGCCCAAGGUACGCAUGGCCUUGAUGACAGCUGAUUACUUCAUGAACAAUGUGAAGAACAAUCCUCUCGUAAAGGACAAUGACGACUGCAAGCCCAUCAUCAUCAACGCCUUGAAGGCCAUGUAUGACCUGAACAUGAAUGGUCCCUCAAACUCGGAUUUUCGCAACCCUCUGACCCGCCCUCGUCUGCCCUAUGCCAUCCUAUUGGCUAUCGGUGGCUGGAGUGGCGGUAGCCCCACCAAUGCCAUUGAGGCAUACGACGCACGGGCAGACCGUUGGGUCAAUGUGACCAAGGAGGAAGAGAGUCCUCGGGCCUACCAUGGUGCUGCUUACCUCAACGGCUUUGUGUACUGUGUGGGAGGCUUCGACAGCGUCGACUAUUUCAACAGUGUGCGCAAGUUCAACCCGGUCACGUGCACGUGGCACCAGGUGGCGCCCAUGCACUCCAGACGCUGUUACGUCAGCGUGGCCGUGCUGGGCGGCUGCAUCUACGCCAUGGGAGGCUUCGACGGCUACGUGCGACUGAACACCGCCGAGUGCUACGAGCCCGACACCAACCAAUGGACGAUGAUCGCGCCCAUGCAUGAGCAGAGGAGCGACGCCAGUGCCACGACUCUACACGACAAGGUGUACAUGUGCGGCGGCUUCAACGGCAACGAGUGCCUGUUUACUGCAGAGUGCUACAGCUGCAGCACCAACCAGUGGACUCUGAUCGCCCCCAUGAGGAGCAGGCGGAGCGGAGUGGGGAUCAUAGCUUAUGGGAAACAGGUCUAUGCGGUGGGUGGUUUCGACGGAGCCAACCGUCUGCGCAAUGCAGAGGCCUACAACCCCAUGACUAACGCCUGGCGCACGGUGCCCACCAUGUUCAACCCUCGCAGCAACUUUGGCAUCGAGGUCGUGGACGACCUGCUGUUUGUGGUGGGCGGCUUCAACGGCUUCACCACCACUUUCAACGUGGAGUGUUACGACGCCAAGACGGAUGAGUGGUACGACGCCCACGACAUGGGCGUGUUCCGGAGUGCCCUCAGCUGCUGUGUGGUGCACGGGCUGCCCAACGUCACCCACUACGCCGCCCCCAGAGACACCCUGCAGCUGAUCAGAGAGGAGCUCAAACUGUCAGCCUCUAACAGCAUCCUGUCCGUGUGAGGCCCUUCUUCUGCCCAAUGCAGACUAAUACACUACAAUUGGCCUUUAGAAAACCGAAAAAAAUAAAUCUUACUUCCUACCUUUCAAA